UUCCUGUCUGCUGUCAGACUGUGACUCAUAGCAACAAACUUCUUCCUCGUUUCUCUUUCUCUGUGAGCGCGUGUGUGUGUGGUGUGUUGUGUAAAGCAGAGGGAGGAGAUGGAUGAAGGACCUGGUCAGUAGUGUGUAUAUAAACGUGUUGAUGUUCUGAUGAUGGCUGAUGGAUGGAGCUUUAGAGGAGUGCUAGUUUAGAGGAGUGCUAAUGGAGCGACUCGGGGUCCCUGUGAUGAGCUGCGCACUGCUGCUCGUCUGCACUUCCUUUUUUACAGGCCUUCGUGCGAGUCCCAUUAUUCAGCCUCCAUUCGUUCUGUCCCACCUGUGUAAGUUUUGUGAUGUCAGACUGAGUGAGUGUAACGGCACUGAGACACACUGCAUGGCCAACUGUAGCAUCAGCUCCAUCUGUGAGCACAGUAAUGAGAUCUGUGUUAGUGCAUGGCGCAGGGAUGGUGAGAAUAAAACCGUGGAAACAGUGUGUCAUAACCCAUCAGUGCCAUUUCACGGUGUGAUGCUGAAAGACUUCAACAACAGGGAGUGUGUGAUGAAGUCGUACGAACAACUCGGGCCUGAUUUCUACAUCUGCUCCUGCAGUCAGAAUGACGAGUGUAAUGAAAAGCUCAUUUUCUCCACAGCGGCAGAGACACCAAAGAAAACCCACCCACUGGCGACUGUGGUCCUCUUCGUCCUGGUGCCUAUUAUUGUGCUUUUCAUCAUGCUUCUCACCAUGAUUUACUUCUGCUACGUUCACUCACUCCGCUCAGCUAAGAUGAAGCACAAUUUCAGCGACACCCGCUCCAUCCUCACCAUCAAACACAAACGUUCUGACAGCAUCUCAAACUGGCUCAAUCACAACACAGAGCUUCUGCCCGUCCAUCUGGAUGAAAUGGUGGGAAAAGGACGAUUCGCUGAGGUGCAUCGCGCCCGACUCGGACAAAUGACGAGUGACAACGGCGUGUUUCAGAUGGUGGCAGUAAAGGUCUUUCCAGUGGAGGAGUUUCUGUCAUGGAAGACUGAGCAUGAGAUCUUCCUGGACCCAGAGCUCUGUCACGAGAACAUUGUCCACUUUCUGGCGGCGGAGAAGCACAUAGUGGAGCGACAGCUAUGGCUGAUCACAGCCUAUCAUUCUCGUGGAAACCUGCGAGAUUACCUCAAAGCACACAAGCUGGAGUGGGAGGAGUUCUGCAAGAUGGGUGGUGAUGUCGCAAGGGGUGUGGCUCACCUGCACAGUGAACAAAAUGCAGUGGGCGGAGUCAAAACCGCAAUCGCUCACCGAGACCUGAAGAGUGACAACGUGCUGGUGAAAGAGGACCGGAGCUGCUGCAUCUGUGACUUCGGCCUCAGCAUCCGACUCGACAGCAACAUGAGCACAGAGGAGCUCUCUAACAGAGGACAGGUGGGCACGGCGAGAUACAUGGCCCCCGAGCUGCUGGAGUCCAGACUGAACCUGGAGAACAUCGAGUCCUUCAAGCAGGCAGAUGUUUACUCCAUGGCUCUGGUGCUGUGGGAGAUCACGUCCAGGUGCAGUGCUAAUGGAGAGGUGAAAGAGUACGAGCCACCGUUUGGAAAGUUGCAUAAGCCGUGUAUUGAGAGUAUGAAGGACACCGUGAUCAGAGACCGCGAGCGACCUGAGAUACUGCUCAGCUGGAGGACACACCAGGGUGUGAACCUGGUGUGUGAGAUGAUUGAGGAAUGCUGGGAUGAGGAUGCUGAGGCUCGCCUGACGGCUUCGUGCGUAUCUGAGAGAUUCGAUUAUUUGAGCCAUCCAUCAUUCCUCUAUACUGACUCCAUCAACGAGGACAAAUCACGCAGCCUGCCAGAAACAGACACAGAGUUAUUACAUUUAAUUCCUGAAACAAGCGAAAUGUGAAUGCGUUUCCGUCCAAAAGCUUCGUUCUGCUUCAGGAGAAAAUCUGCAUCAAAUCAUAAACCAGACGUUUUAUUAUUAAUGAUAAUGUUUCUGUACUGUGAGUAAUGUGAUAAUGGAACAGUGAUGUAAACCGAUUUUAUAAGAAGUUACAUAAAGCUAACCUGCUAA